UGAAUCUUGUACUAGAUAUAAUGAAUACCACCAAAGCUCGAAAUACUUCUGCUAAAACUGAUCAAAAAAACGAAGAAAAGAGCCAGAAGAAAGAAAAUGAUUUAUCCUACUAUUCGCCCGACGAAGAAUCUAGUGAUUCUGAAGAGAAUAAAGCACAAACAAUUGAACUCAGUAUCAGUUGUCUCAAGUCGGAUUAUAAAAGAACCCAUGAAUUUCCCGAACCCAAGUUCAGGUUCAAUCUCAAGAGAAGAGGACUUACUACUCCUGAAAAGUUCGCUGCAUGA